AUGUCUAAACUCCUCCUCUGUUUUAUUUUCUUCUUCUCAUGCUCUCAACUUCUUUCCUCUUUUUCGAAUUCCACUAAACCAUUAUGCCCUCAUGAUCAGACCCUUGCUUUGCUCCAGCUUAAGCAAUCAUUUUCUAUCAAAAAUUCCAGUUCUUCGGAUUGCGAUAGCUAUGGUGUCACGUCUUAUCCCAAAACAGAGUCUUGGAAGAAGGGUAGUGAUUGUUGCUCAUGGGAUGGGGUCACAUGUGAUAAGGUAACAGGCCAUGUAAUUGGGCUGGACCUCAGUUGCAGCUGGCUCUUUGGCAUCAUCCAUUCCAAUAGUACCCUCUUCCUCUUUCCUCGCCUGCGAAGGCUCAACCUUGCUUUCAAUGACUUCAAUUACUCCUCUGUUUCAGCUGGGUUUGGCCGCUUCUCAACCUUGAUGCAUCUCAAUCUCUCCUACUCUGGAUUUUCAGGCCUAAUUGCACCAGAAAUCUCUCACCUCUCCACCUUGGUUUCACUCGAUCUGUCUGAGAAUUAUGGAGUAGAGUUUGCCCCGCAUGGCUUCAAUUCUCUGGUUCAAAAUUUAACCAAACUGCAGAAGCUUCACCUUAGAGGGCGUUCCAAAAUCAAAUCCCCAUUCAUGAGCCUAAGAAUCAUUGAUCUUGCUCACAAUGAUUUCGAGGGUGACUUGCCUGAAAUGUAUUUGAGAAGUUUGAAAGCGACAAUGAAUGUAGAUGAACGCAACAUGACAAGAAAAUAUAUGGGAGAAUAUUAUUAUCAAGAUUCCGUCAUGGUGACAAUCAAGGGAUUGGAGAUUGAAUUUGUGAAGAUCUUGAAGGCUUUCACAACAAUUGAUUUAUCAAGCAACAAAUUCCAAGGAGAGAUUCCAGAGUCCAUUGGAAAUCUUAAUUCACUUCGAGGGCUCAAUUUAUCCCAUAACAACCUUACAGGACAUAUUCCAUCAUCUUUCGGAAAUUUGAAGUUGCUUGAAUCAUUGGACCUUUCUUCAAACAAGCUCAUUGGAAGAAUUCCUCAAGAAUUAACAAGUUUAACAUUUCUUGAAGUUUUGAAUCUUUCCCAAAACCAUCUAACUGGAUUUAUACCUCGAGGUAAUCAGUUUGAUACAUUUGAAAAUGAUUCAUACAACGGGAACUCAGGGCUAUGUGGAUUUCCAUUGUUGAAGAAAUGCACAACUGAUGAAACACUAGAGCCUUCACAAGAAGUGGAUGCAGAGUUUGAAGGUGGAUUUGAUUGGAAAAUCACAUUGAUGGGAUAUGGAUGUGGAUUGGCAAUUGGCUUUUCUCUUGGGUGUCUCAUUUUCUCAACUGAGAAACCUAAAUGGUUGGCAACGAUGGUUGAAGAGAACAUUCACAAGAAGAUCAAAAGGUCUAAAAGAUGCACUUGCAAGAGAGGAGCAAGAAGGAACUAGCACAUUCCAAUUGCAUUGUAUUUUGUGUUAUGUUUUACAAAUAGAUUUUACAUUUGUUAGUAAAUAAUCUACUUGUUAUUAUAAAAGUGUAAUAUUGUUUGUAAAAUUAAAAUAAUGUUAUUUUCUUUU